AUGUCUCUAGAAGAACGAUUACGAACACACACGAGCGCGUUUGACGGGCUUCUGUCGCUGAUUCCGUCCAAGUAUUAUGAGGAUGCCGGCGACGGCGACGACCAGUGGAGAAAGAAAAAGCAGUCCAAGGAGGAGAAGCGCAAGGCCAAGCGGGCCAAGUUGGAUCCUGGCAACCAGGUGGCUUCACAGGCCAAGGAUGUCCAGGAUGCCAAGAACGAGCUCAAGGGCAAGGCUGUGAUUCCCACCAAGGAGAGCAUCAAGGAGAAGAUGGAGCAGUUCAAUACGGUGGAGGGGAUGGUUGAGGAGCCCAAAGGCAAGAAGGGCGGCAAGAAGGGCGGCAAGAAGGAGGUGAAGGGCGACAACAACAAGCCCCAGGUCAACUCCAAGGGAGGCUCAAAGACUACCUCCAAUGUCAGCACCAAGGAGACGGAUGUCAAGGCCGCCAACAGGAACACCAGCAGUAGCAACAAGAAGGAGACUACCAACGCCAAAGUCAACGGAAAGGAGUCUGAAGAUGAUAGUAUCGAAGCAGCUCCUUUUGCUGAUCUUGUCGCUGAGUCUGUGACUGAGGAGACUGAGAAGGAGACCAAGGGUGAAGAUGAUGCUGCCGAAGCUGCCGCCAAGGAGGCCAGAUUGGCCGCUCUGCGAGAAAAACUCAACAGCCGGAUCCAGAAUCUCCGGGCCGACCGAAAAGCGCCCGGCACAGAUCCCAAAAAGGCGCCCCAGAGCCGAGCCGAGAUUCUCGCUGCCCGUCAGAAGGCCAAGGAGGCCCGCAAGGAGAAAAAAAAGCUUGAGAGGGAGGAGAGAAGAAACCAGACCAACGACGGUGAGGAUGAGGGUGAGGAGGACGAUGAUGAAGAGGCCGAUCAGUCCGACUCAGAGCCCAAUCUGCUCUACUCUCAGCUCCAUUUCGAGACUGGCGAGUUCUCGUCUGAUCUCAAGAACCUGACUUCCAAGAAACAAGGCACCAAACGAGACCUGCUGGGCCAGCUCAAUCACGUUAAGGCCAAGCGGGCCAAGCUGCAGGAGAUGGAUCUCGACAAGAAAAAGUCGGUCGAAAACGCCACGCUCUGGAACCGAGCCAUGCAGCACGCCAAGGGCGAAAAGGUGCGGGAUAACGAAAAGUUGCUGACCAAGGCCUUCAAGCGCCAGCAGCAGCAGAAACGCAAGUCCGAGCGCGAGUGGAACGACCGCCGAUACACCGUCGACAAGCAUAAGCGAACCAAGGACAAGAAGCGAACGGAGAACCUGCAGGCCCGACGGGAUUCCAAGAAGAUCAAGGGCAAAAAGGUGAAGCCCGUCAAGAAGCCGUCGUCGGGGAAGCGGGCGGGAUUUGAGGGCAGAUUGAAGUCCAAGUAA